AUGAGCACUGGCGAUUUUUUGACCAAGGGGAUCGAGCUUAUCCAAAAAGCCAUAGAUUUGGACACUGCUACGCAGUAUGAGGAUGCAUACACUGCUUACUAUAACGGAUUGGAUUAUUUGAUGCUGGCAUUGAAGUAUGAAAAGAAUGCAAAGUCGAAAGAAUUGAUCAGAGCCAAGUUUACUGAGUAUUUGAACCGAGCAGAACAAUUAAAACAACACCUUGAAACUGAGGAAGAGAAUAAGAAGAAAGGGAGUGAGGCUAGUAGUACUGAUGGUGGUAGUAAGGGAGGCGCGAAGAAGUUGUCGGACGAUGACAAUUCUGAGGAUAGCAAGAAACUUAGAGGAGCGCUUUCGAGUGCUAUCUUAACCGAGAAGCCCAACGUGAAGUGGGAGGAUAUAGCGGGCCUGGAAGGUGCCAAGGAUGCUUUGAAAGAAGCUGUGAUACUGCCUGUCAAGUUUCCACAUCUUUUCAAGGGUAAUCGUAAACCAACGUCGGGAAUCUUACUCUAUGGACCUCCGGGUACCGGUAAGUCCUACUUGGCCAAGGCUGUUGCUACAGAGGCAAAUUCGACUUUUUUCAGUAUUAGUUCCAGUGAUCUGGUAUCCAAAUGGAUGGGUGAGUCGGAGAGACUUGUCAAACAGUUGUUUGCAAUGGCCCGUGAGAACAAGCCCUCAAUCAUAUUCAUCGAUGAAGUUGAUGCAUUGACAGGACAAAGAGGAGAAGGUGAAAGUGAAGCUAGUAGAAGAAUCAAGACUGAAUUGUUGGUCCAAAUGAACGGUGUGGGGACUGAUUCCGAUGGGGUUUUGGUUCUGGGAGCUACUAAUAUCCCAUGGCAAUUAGAUAGCGCUAUCAGAAGAAGAUUUGAAAAGAGAAUAUACAUUCCCCUUCCUGAUCUUACUGCAAGAACUAAAAUGUUUGAGAUCAACGUCGGUGAGACACCGUGCGCUUUAAACAAGGAGGAUUACAGAACCUUAGGUCAAAUGACUGAUGGCUAUUCGGGAAGUGAUAUUGCAGUUGCAGUGAAAGAUGCACUUAUGCAACCAAUCAGAAAAAUUCAAAUGGCUACACAUUUCAAAGAUAUAUCCGAAGACCCUAAUCAGAAGAAGCUAAUUCCAUGCUCGCCAGGAGACGAAGAUGCUGUGGAGUUGAGUUGGACAGACAUCGAAGCAGACGAGUUGCAAGAACCUGAGUUGACCAUUAAAGAUUUCUUGAAAGCGAUCAAGACCACGAGGCCGACUGUUAAUGAAGAAGAUCUUCGUAAGCAAGAAGAAUUCACUAACGAUUUCGGACAAGAAGGUAAUUGA